AGAAUGUUUGCAAAAAUGCUUACAAGAAACUCCGUUUCUCAAACCCCACACCGGAGAUCUGCAAGGCUUCUCAAUAAAAAAGCACCCAUAAAACCACAAGAUUUUAAUACCCCUAUUUCCGAGAAGCCGAUAACAUCAAGCAACGGUUCAACGAGUGGUGAGAAUCCGAAGCCUGUUUUGCGAAGAUCCCCGAGAUUCAGCAGUGCAUCGAGUAAGCUUUCAGAAAACUUUUUGAAUUCAAUGUCAGGGUUGCGAAGAUCUCCAAGAUUGAACAGUGUGUCUUUGUCUAACAAGCCGGAGGAAAUCAGUUUUUCGGGGACGAAGAAGGCCGAGUCUAGGAAAAAGAAGAGUGCAGAGGAGGAACUGGUGGGUGAAGAGAAAAGGGAAAUCAUUGUUGGUUUGAAAGCGGUUUCGGUGGAAGGGGGAGAAAAUGAAAGAAAUGAAGAUUUUGGGGUUAAGAGAAAGGGAAAGCCUGACGUGGAAGCUGAUGGAAAUGUUCGAGGGUGGACAAGGGAGCAGGAAUUGAUUUUGCAAAAAGCCUAUCUUUCGGCAAAACCAACUCCUAAUUUCUGGAAGAAGGUUUCCAAGCUGGUUCCGGGAAAAUCUGCACAGGAUUGCUUUGAUAAGAUCCACUCUGACCAUUUAACUCCAACUCAGCCCCAGCCUCGAUCGAGGUCAAAAAGAAAAGACUUAUCACUCAUCGAACACUUAUCAUUCUCUGCAAGCAAAUUGCUUAAACCCGUUUCACCCAAGAAUAAAAGGUCUAGGAGUAGUAAACAUAAAAGCCUUCUUGUACAGAAAAAAACAGUGAGACAUUUGUUGCAAAAGCAAUGUUAUGAGGGCCAUGGUGAUGAAGCUGAUCUAUUCUCCAUUCUUGAAUCCAACACAAGUUCAUCUAUGCAUGCUCCACCAAACAAUGCGUUUUCCACCCCAACAAAGUUAUUGGCAAAACAGGGACUUCUCCAAAAAUGUCAUGAGAGAUCUUCUAGUUCUAAGAAGCCCCAUUCAAAACUUGGCAACACUUCUAAAGAAGCCCUUAUUAGUCCCCCAGUGUUGAAGCAGAUAAAAAACAGAGGCUUACAUGAGAAGUACAUCGACCAGCUACAUUGCAGGGAAGCCAAGAGAAAAGCAGAAUCCGCACAAGCAGGAAAAGAUCUUGGAAAGGAGAAUUUGGGAUCUCGAAUUCAUGGAAUCGAUAAGGUUCGAGUGGCAAAAAACAAAUUGGUUUCUGACACUAGAGAUGUUAUUAACCAGCUGCAAAACCAGCAGACCACUUCUGUCGAUGACUCUUUAGAUUUGGAUAACGAUGGUGUUGAUAGUGGCGACGAUCAAGGUGAUCUUCAGCUUUAAUAAAUUCUCUUAGUUAUAUCAGGAUCUGCUAUAAUUAGCAUGCCUUGUUAGAGCUGUUGACUUGUGAACCUGUUGUUUAGCCUAAAUCAAGCCUUGGAAAAUCCAUGCUGUAAACAAAUUUCGUUUCUUUAACA